CUCGGAGUGAGCGACUAUGGUCGCCAAGCUCUUCCUCAGGCCUCACUCCCUCCCCCUCUUCACUCUCCACUCUAAUUUCCUCCUCCCCAAACUACCCUCCCUCCCCAAACCAUUCCCCAUCCUCUCCCUCUCCUUCUCCGCCACCUCAUCCCAAAACCCAGACCUCUCCUACGGACCCUCCCUCCGCAAGGGCACCAACCCCCCGGUCCUCCCCGUUUCUCGCUCCACCGACUCACCAAUCGAAGAAGCCCUAAUCGACGAAGCGAGCUUCACUAGGGUUUUCCACAUCGCCGCCCUCCGAGUCCCCGCAAAAGACUGUUUUGCCCUCGAGAGCCGCCUCCGUGGCCACCUCCUCAACUGGCCGCGCGUCCGUAACAUUGGCCGCGUCGCGGGAGACGAAGUCGAAGACGAUAUCGCCGAGCUUCUCGCGAGUAAUCGGAGUAAAAGCGACGAGGAGGACCAAAACGGCGUCGUUUCGCUGCACCGCCGCGUGUACGGGAAGGCCGAAGGCGACGGCGAGCCGCUGAGUGCGGUGCUGUACAGGGAUAAGCUAGCGAAGACGUUCGACUCGCGAGGGUAUGUGAAUUUCCGGAACCUGGCGAAGAUGUCGAGGCCGAACCAGAAGAAGACGAGAGUGGCGGCGGAGGAGGGAGGUGACGGCGGUGAAGGGAGGAGGAGGAGUGAGUUUUUGGCGGUGGAGGUGGUGGAGGAUGGAGAAGAAGAAGGGGAGGACUUGAGGGGUUUGCUAGGGGGUGAGUUUCAGGGGAGGAAGAAAUGGAGGGGCUCGACGCGGUUGCUGCUAUUGGAUGAAAGGUAUGGGGAUAAAUGCGUGGAGGAGCUGCCUCAGGCGAUUCAGGCUGUGAUGGAGGAAGAUACUGGGAAGAGUAUGAGCCUUACCAUUGAGCUCGUGAGAUGCAAACUGACUCUGUUUUAUGAUUACUGGCAGAUGAAUGAGAUAUUGGAGGCUUUGCUCCCUGAAGGUAUGAUUGUUCCUUCAGCCUUUGAAACAGUCGGCCAUAUUGUACACCUAAACCUGAGAGAUGAACAUUUACCUUACAGAAAGUUCAUAGCUAAGGUGAUUCUUGAUAAAAACAAGCCAAAGAUUCAGACAGUUGUAAAUAAAAUCAAUGCCAUACAAAAUGACUAUAGAACAAUGCAGCUUGAAGUUUUAGCUGGGAAUCAUUCACUUGUGACAAAAGUAGUUGAGAAUGGUCUGCGAUUUCAGGUUGACCUUGCAACAGUGUACUGGAAUUCUAAACUUGCAACAGAAAGACAAAGGCUUGUGAACAGCUUUACCCGCAAUGAUGUUGUGUGUGAUGUUUUCUCUGGAGUUGGUCCCAUAGCUAUCUCUGCAGCAAAGAUUGUAAAACGAGUUUAUGCCAAUGAUUUGAAUCCCCAGGCUGUUGAAUAUCUGCAAAGAAAUUGUGGUAUCAACAAACUUGAUAAGAAGAUUAAGGUAUUUAAUAUGGAUGGAAGGAGAUUCAUUAGCGCCAUGUUUGCAAGUGAUAAAGCCAAAUCCAUUACACAAGUGGUGAUGAAUUUGCCAAAGGAUGCUUCAGAGUAUCUAGAUGCAUUUCGGGGAAUUUUAAAAGACAGAUCCAAGGAUGAUGAAUGCAACUUGCCAAUGAUCCAUGUUUAUGGAUUUUCCAAAGCUGAAGAUCCUGAGUUUGACUUCCAUCAGAGAAUAAGAAUCGCACUGGCAGAAGUGGCAGUAGAUGUGAAAAUGCAUAGGGUUCGCCUUGUUGCACCAGGAAAAUGGAUGUUGUGUGCAUCAUUUAUCCUCCCAAAGAGUGUAGCUUUUGCAAAACCAGUGGAUAUAUUAUAGGUCAGAAGCUGAUGUUCGUUUUGCCCAUAUCCUCUAGUGAUGUACAUAAAUUAGAUAGAUCAUAGAUGUAUAUGGUUCUGUAGUCAGUUUAGGCAAAAUUUGGUAUCUACUACACAUACCGUUUUUUAAAUUAUAAUCUAUGACAUUGACUUCCAUUUCCCCGUU